AUGGAGAUGGAGCGUGUGAGUCAGGAAGUAAAAAGGGACAUUGAGAAUGUAAAAAUUCCGUUAGAGAAAGACGAUUUAUCAGAUGAAAGUAACGAUGACGAGCCUAUUGACUUAACGAUAGAGUGUAUAGGUGUCAAAGAGGAACCAAACUCGGACUCACAGGAAAAGACAGAGAACACGGCUACCCGAUACAUGAGGAAGAAAGCACGUCAGCUCCGAACUUCUCAUCAAAGGUGUAUGGUGAGUGAAGAAACCAAGAGGCGGACGGCCAAUAUCCAGGAACGACAUCGUAUGCAGAAAAUGAGCUCGGCACUUCAACAACUCAAAGACUGUCUACCGGACGAAUUCAAAUUGUACAAUAAGAAACUGUCAAAGAUUCGUACACUGCGUGUGGCAAUUGGAUACAUCCGAGCUUUGGAAUCCAUGUUAAAGUCAGCCCCAACACCUGUAAAACGUGAUCACUUUCCUAUUGGUACCCCCGGGGUCCCUGGGCCAAAUGCAGCCUACCUAGCUGCCCUCGGAACGUGUACCCCGCAACACUGUCCGACUCCCGGAACAAAUAGCUCCAUGGAAACUCUGAACACCAAUCCGGUCAUGUACCCGGCCUACUUUCCUGGUUCGCCAUAUUGGAUUACAAAUGGUCCACAGACUCCGGCUUCCCGGAUAAUGUCUCUGCCCUCGUGCUACGAAACGCCUAUCUGCCCGACCCCAGGGGUAACACCGGGACCCAUCACACCUAAGUUCACACCUAUAUACGACAAACACACGGUUAAUAAACUGGAUUCCAGGUUUCAUCGACUGUCAAGUGUUGCUAAGAGUCUUGUCCGCUCAUCCGUAUAUUCAUCGCCAUUAGGGGACAGACGUAAUGCUAAUGAACUUAACUCGAGUUUCCUCAGUGCCGGAAGUGAGGAGGUGGUGGAACCGGAAGACGAUGGUGGUAGGGAGCGGUUUUCCAGCGACUGCUGUUUCGCUAUGGACGGUGUGUACCCUCUACCCUCGGACGAUAACACACCAGACCAACACCAAAUUGGAUACGCUGGACAUUGA